AUGACCAGCGAAGAGAAGAUCGCGCAAUCUUCUGUGCAGCACACCGAACGAAGUUUCGCGAGUGACGAGCCUCAAAUACGAGCCGAGAAAAUCCCAGAUGGUGAUCUUGCUCUUCAAGUUCUCCAUACGCACUAUGAACCUUACUCUAAGGACGAAGAAAGGCGCGUGCUUCGCAAAAUUGACCUGCGUUUGGCUAUGGUGAUGUUGCUCGUCAAUGGCAUCCAAUUUGUCGACAAACUGACUAUUUCUCAAGCUGCUACCUACGGUCUUAUCAAAGAAGCUCACUUGAAGGGCCAAGAGUACUCUCUGCUCAUCAGCAUCUUCUAUAUUGGGUACCUUGCUGCACAAUACCCUACAAACGUUUUAAUGCAAAGAUUCCCAACUGGAAAAUAUAUCACAGUCAAUUUCAUUCUCUGGGGCGUUGUCUUGACCUCAAUGUCGUCUUGCACUACUUUUGGGCCUUUCAUGGCGGCUCGAUUCUUUCUCGGCGUCUUCGAAUCUUGCCUCAACCCAGGCUUCGUUCUUAUUACUUCUUCUUGGUGGAAACGAGAAGAACAGCCUGCACGCAUUGCACUGUGGUACUGCGCCAAUGGUGUCAUCAACAUUCCAGCUGGCUUCAUCUUUUACGCAGUUGCUCACGUCAACGCUCGUGGCCUGUUUCCAUAUCAGUGGAUGUUUAUCAUAUUUGGAGUCUUCACAAUAUUGUUCGGCUUCACUCUUUGGUGGUUACUGCCAGACUCACCCCUUACAGCCCCUUGGCUCAACGAGCGUGAACGUCUCAUUGCUAUCGAGCGCCUAAAGUCCAACAAAACCGGAAUCAAGAACACACAUCACAAAUGGCGUCAAGUGAAGGAAGCCCUGAUGGAUCUUAAAGUCUGGAUGUUAGUCGCGGGUGUUUUCGUUCAUAAUAUGACCAACAGUCUUCAAACAAACUUUCUCGGUCUCAUCAUCAAGGGCUUUGGUUAUUCAACCUAUCAGAGUGUUCUUCUAAGCAUUCCAUCAGCUGCAAUCUUCGCUGUUACGGUCCUCACCGUUUCAAUCUUCCUUUCCUCAAAGUACGGAAAUGGUAAGAGAAUCUUCGCUAUCAUUCUAUGCUAUCUUCCUGGGGUAGUCUCCUGUGUUAUUCUUUACAGAUCCCAACUGAAUAGUCAUACGAAAAGCCUUCAUCUAUUUGCCGUAUUCUUCAUCGGCUGUGUUGCAGCGUCUGCCGGAGUUAUGUACUCUCUACUUUCUUCUAAUGUGGCUGGAUAUACCAAGAAGACCGUAGCUGGUACCCUUUUCUUUAUUUCCUACUGCGUGUCCAACAUCAUCUCACCGCAGACCUUCUUAGCAAAAGAAGCACCUCACUACACUACUGGUAUUGCGGUCUCUUUAGCCGCUUUCUGUAUUAACAUUUGUCUGUUUGCGGGUUUGUAUGUUAUUUAUUUUAUCGAAAACAAAAAGCGCGAUCGGUUGGAAGAGGGCAAAGUGAGCUCUGAUGAAACCCGAGAUCUUAUUGAUGCUUUUAGUGAUCUAACCGACUUAGAAAAUAAGAAGCUGCGAUAUAAACUAUAG